GCGGAGAGAUGCAGUGGGCGAGGUUUCGUUGUACAAGACAAAAGAAAACGUUAAACGAAAACAAAGCGGGGCGCGUUCAUCUUCUCUCCAGGGUUUCCUGUCCGGCUUUGCUUAUAAUCUAAGCGUAGGAUUUUGUUUUUAUCUCCCAACGUUAGAUUUAUGCGUUGCUACGACGAAAUGCAAAUAAGGAAGAGCAUCAAACCUAAUACCUCCUGAAAGAGCAAAGAUUGUCAAAGAGUUUAUCAGAGCGAAAUUAUUUCUGUUAUGUUGAAAACGAGCUACAAGUUACAGUUAUAUAUGAGGAAUCGCGCAUAGAUUGUUACUUUUCUGUUUAUUUACCGGAAAUUACUUUUUGGACGUGAUAGUUGCAGUAUAAGGUCACCUUCCGUACAAUCUGUUUUUUAUAUAGAAAGACAAUUUUUCUUCUCGGUUGGAUUUUUUUGGUGGUGUUAAAAAUAAAUGAACAAAAUAACAACACCGGGCAUAGAAGAGAUUAAACUCAGGUUUUUAUUUUAAACGCGAAAUCGGAAAUGAACGGAUUUCAGUCCAGUCCAGUGGAUUGUCCGUCUGGAAGCGUCUGUUCUAUUGAAGGCUUGCCUCCGUUACCUAAAGGACUGAGCGGGAUCUUAAACUCGAGCGGAGGGUCCUGGAGGGACAUUGAGAAGGUCUACAGCAAGAGGACGCGCAUCCAGGCGGACAUCAGCAAGUCCAGAGUAAGCGACUCUCUUGGCCGCAGUAAACCCGCGAGCCUUGACGCAGCGCUGGCCGUGCUUCGCAAAGAGAUGGUUGGACUUCGACAGUUAGACAUGUCUUUGCUUUGCCAGUUGUGGUCUCUUUAUGAGUCUAUACAGGAAUACAAAGGAGCUUUCCAGGACAUUUCCUCCUCUUUGUGUGAGUGCUCCUUCAACACCGAAAAUGGUUAUUCUGAAGAUGAAGAGGAGGAAGAUGAACAUGAAAGGGAGAGUAGUGAGACGCUGUUAUCACUUCCUCAGCCCACUCAGAACUCCCGAGACCAGUGGAUCAAAGACUCCUUCCACAUCCCCAUUUAAACAAAUCCAAUCUCCCAUGAUCCUCAUCGAUAUAAACUGUGACAGACAUGACACCAUUGUUUGAAGGAUUCUAUAAGAAUCAAAAUGUAACAAGGUCUUUAUUUUUGUAGGAUACUAUUACAAUGGUGACUGUAAGUUUGUUUCAGGGGAACCAUGAAAAGCUGCUUUUUCACUGCCUGUGAAGUCAUAAAGACCGGAUGAGGACUGACAGGAAGAGGAUGUAGCCAGAAACAGUGCGGUAUAGGAUGUUCAUUAUAUUAUGUAGAUUUGUCAGAUAUGUACUGAGAUAUCACUUACCAGAUACUUUUUUUAUUAUACAAUAUAAUUUUUUUCCACCUCUGUCUCUCAUUAGUAAGGUAAUCAUUGAAUGCAGAAUGUGCAUUUUGUAAAAAAAAAUUAAAAAAGUAAUAAUAAAGCAUGUAAACAUUUCCUGGUGGUCUCACAAAAGCACUUAAAAGUGGUUUGUUUUCUUUAUAGUUUAGCUAAAUGUUUUGUUGUCUGGUAUUUUAUUCACCAACAUCUCAAACAUGUGCUCAAGAUGUUCAAGAUAGCUGUCCAGUGCAGAUAUGAUCACAUCAGCCAUUAGGUGGCACUCAUUUACUUUCUAAAGUUUCUAAACGGAUGUUGUUUUGAGACAUGAUGCCUGGAGUGUUACAGAUGCUUCGGGAAACAUCUGUGCUCUCCAUCGUCUUGGUGCCAUAUAUCGCAAAAGAAGAUUGCUAGGUUCUUCUCCUUUAAUGUUAAUCUUUGAGUCAUACCAGAUACAUGCCAUCUGAUUAAAACAAUUAUUCUAAAUUUAAAUGUUUAGACUGAGGCUCCUUCAGAUAUUUCUGAAUCACUCUGUCAUUACUCUGCAAGUAUAAACAAAUGGUUCUAGCUACUCUUGUGCUUAUUAGGUAAUACUGCUUGCUACUUUUGCACCAGAGAGAGGGGGGAGGAACAAGCUCAGACACAGGCCAGGCAUUACUAAAAACUCUUCCCAUAACUACUAUAAUUACAGUAACGUUGACUGCAUGUCCUGUCAUUUUACUGUGCUUCAGGUUUUAUCAAGUCUAUAUGUAAGUCUACAGCAUUUAAUAAAUAGCAAUAUACUAUAACAAUUUACAUUUUAGUUUGAUUCAUUUUAAUUUUGGACAAUCAGUGACACACACAAGUCUUUUUGCUAGAUUUUGAGCUAGCUGAUAUUUGCGUUCCUGAAAUU